AUGGCACUGGGGGUGGGCGCGGUUUGGCACCACGCUCCGACCCCAGGAACCAUGUAUCCAACCGCGAGCGUUGGGGAAGAGGCGGUGACGUACACUGCAACCCAAUACUCGUGGCUGCCCGGGAAGGCGCCUCAUCAGUUCAUGAUGGAUUUAUUUGAUGCUGUUGCCGAAUCAAACGGAACGCUUAAAAACACACACGUGGUGGAAGGAAAUAUUGUUAGAAGUUUCGAAGGACAGUCCAGUGGUUCAUAUCACUUCUUUAAUUUAACAUCAUUCAGACCGAAUGAGCGGAUGAUCAAAGCAGAAUUCCGAUGGUUUGGAAACACAAGGCCUUUUAUGGGGCGACAUCAUUUUUACAGAGUUGACUUUUAUGAAGUGCUGGACAGCAGAGCAAAACCUUGGCGAGGAAAUUUGUUAAACUCUAGAUUAUUAUCAGUCUACACCAAUGGAUGGAAAAUAUUCAACAUAACACAAAUGGUGACUAAAUGGAUUAUUAACAGUGGCACGAAUAACUGCAUCCUGAUUGUUACUUCUUUACCAUCCGGUAAUUGGUUUGAGUCCAGUAUGCAGGUGGAUGGGCAGUCAGAUGGGAAAAACGCAUAUUUGGUGAUAUAUUCAGAUGACAGACGAGAGAACUUCCGAAAUCCACUUUUCCACAAAGCGCGCAGGCGCCGGAGUGCGCGCUCGUUUACCACUACAUGCCAAAGGAAGAACCUCUAUGUGGACUUCACUCAAAUUGGCUGGUCUGGGUGGAUUAUAUCUCCAAAAGGUUACAACGCAUACACUUGCGCGGGUUCAUGUCCGUUUCCUUUGGGUGAAGGUCUACGGGCUACUAACCACGCUACUGUUAGAUCGAUAAUGAAUGCAUUGAAACUAACGCAGGAAGCAGGUAAACCAUGCUGUGUACCUGAUGUGCUUCACCCCAUAAGCCUCCUCUUCUUUGAUGACGAGGAAAAUGUUGUUCUAAAACAAUAUGAUGACAUGGUUGCAGGCAGCUGUGGCUGCCAUUGA